AGUUUUGACAAGAAAUCAGUUCGUUUUAGUCCCGCGAAUUUCGAAACACGUAAGUAGCCUUUUCCGAUAAACAAGCACAACUGGCCGGUAAUGUUGUCGGUGAAAAGUACAUUUCUGACCGUUGUCGGUGUCAUAAUAGCUUACGGCGCCAAUCGAUACUACGGCCAGUCUAGCGCGGUACCCAACGACGGAACGACGAUGGAGGACUACAAGAACGCGAAAUCGGUUUACGAUUUUACCGUGAAAGAUUCGCAAGGCGCCGACGUGAGCCUGGACAAGUACCGCGGCAAGGUACUGCUCAUCGUCAACAUUGCCUCCAAGUGCGGCCUCACGAAGGGCAACUAUGCUGAACUGACGGAGAUGUCGGAGAAGUACGCCGACAAGGAUUUCAAAGUACUGUCCUUCCCUUGCGAUCAGUUCGGUGGCCAGAUGCCGGAACAGGAUGGGGAGGAGAUGGUGUGCCACCUGCGUUCGGCGAAGGCAAAUGUUGGAGACGUGUUUGCUAAGAUCGAAGUCAAUGGGGAUGGUGCCGAUCCGCUCUACAAGUAUCUCAAGCAUAAGCAGGGCAGCAUACUGGGCGAUGCGAUCAAGUGGAACUUCUCCAAGUUCCUGGUCAACAAAGACGGGCAACCGGUGGACCGGUACGCGCCGACUACGUCACCGAACAGUAUCCUUAAGGAUGUUGAAAAGUUGCUGGGCUAAAGCUAUUGGCGACCGCAGCCGCAAGGACUUUGAUCCGGUCCUUUCGCAAACACUAGUCAAUAGUUUGGUUAAACUUGACAUUUUUAAAAUAUUUCUGAAAAAUCAAUCUCUGAAAUAAAUGUGUUGUUUGAAAGUCGU